AUGGCUAUUCCAUCAAGUUUGCAAAGACUUUUACCGCAAAAAUUUUUGGGAUUCAUCCCACUAUUCAUUGGAGUCGAGGUCAUUCUCGGAAUCACUAUACUAAAUAAAGCUGGAGGUUUGUAUGGUAUUUUGUCCCUAUUCACUGGCCAUCCAAUAGAUUUCUGGCAGUGGCUUUACAACUCCUUGGCCCUCAUCAUGUUACCAGUAUAUGCGACUGCCUUGAUAAAUUUAAGAAACCAAUCACGAAAUUUGCGGAAGAUUUCAUUGGCUACUGUGGUUUACCUUGUAGAUACCAUUAUAGGAACACUUUACACUAUAUAUUUUGUUAUUUUCUGGUUCCACUCAGAGGACGGAAGUACUGAAGAGGUCGGUGGUGCUGCUUUGCUAAGAAAGAGAAAAGAAGAUGCUAGUGACACGGCAGCUAAUUUGUCGUCCCAAUCUGCGUCAACUGGAAGAGAGUUGUUUUUCAUUUUUGCAGCAACAAUUGCCAUGAGUGUAAUAAGAGUUUACUUUGCGUUGGUUAUUGUGAGCUUCACAAAAGCUUUGUUGAAGAAGAACUCUAUGGAACAACGGUACAGAGAUGGCUCGAAUGACAAUUCAGUUGUUGAUACCGAAGAAAAUGAAAUUCUAAAUUCGACCGGAAUAUAUGGUGAGUUUAGAAAGGCUAUCCUCGACUUGGAGAUUCGGUCCAAAGAACUCCUUGAUGAGUUAUUAAAUUGA